ACUACUCGACAACAUGUUGGCCACUGUUGGUUUACUCUUCGCGACCGUGCUCGUGCUGUGUUAUGGUUGGAUUCGGCGACGGUCGCGCUUCUGGCGCGAUCGUUCGGUCGCCUACAUCGAGCCACAGUUUCCGUACGGCAACUUCAAAACCCUCGGCAAAGUGGAACACAUAGCACCGAUCACGCAGCGUCACUACGAUCAUUUCAAGCAUCUCGGUGUCCCAUACGGUGGUGUUUUCAUGCUGAUAUCCCCCGUGCUGUACAUCUUCGACCCAGCGCUCAUCAAAACGCUGCUCGUGAAGGACUUCCACUACUUUCCGAACCGUGGGGUGUACUUUAACGAACGUGAUGAUCCCCUUUCAGCGCACAUGUUCGCCAUCGAGGGUCAAAAAUGGCGAGCACUGCGUGCCAAACUCUCGCCCACCUUCACCUCGGGCCGCAUUCGGAUGACGCUGCCACUCGUAGUGGAAGUGAGCCACCGGUUGACGGAUCAUCUGCGCGAUGCGAUCGGCACCUCCACGUCGGAGGUGGUCGAGAUGCACGAUCUGCUUUCGCGCUACACAAUCGACGUGAUCGGUGCGUGCGCGUUCGGUAUCGAGUGUAACAGCUUCCUCGAACCGGACAACGAGUUUCGGCGGUACGGUAAGAUCGCGUUCGAUAAGCUUCCUCACUCCCCACUCGUUGUCUACCUGAUGAAGGCGUUCCGGGCGCACGCGAACGCCCUCGGCAUGAAGCAGCUGAACGGUGAUGUGUCGAGCUUCUUCUUCAAGGUGGUCAAGGACACGGUGGAGUACCGUGAGCGGGAGCAGAUCGUGCGCAACGACUUUAUGGAUCUGCUGCUGAAGCUCAAGAAUACGGGCCGGUUGGAGAUGGACGGGGAGGAGAUCGGUCGUCUAACGUUCGAAGAGAUUGCGGCGCAAGCGUUCAUUUUCUUCACCGCCGGUUACGAUACUUCAUCCACUGCCAUGACCUACACGUUGUACGAGCUCGCCCUGAACCAGCAAGCCCAAGAGAAGGCUCGCGAGUGCGUCCAGCGGACGCUCGACAAGUACGGUGGUGAGCUGACCUACGAAGCCGUCUCCGAUAUGCCGUAUCUCGAGCAGUGCAUCAACGAAACUCUCCGUAAGCAUCCGCCGGUGGCCCUUCUGGAGCGGAACGCUGAUAAGGAUUACCGCAUCCCGGACAGUGAGCUGGUGUUGCGCCGGGGCCAGAAGAUCAUCAUACCGAUCUACGCGAUGCACCACGAUGAACGUUACUUCCCCGAGCCGGACGCUUACCGGCCGGAACGGUUCACCCCGGAAGAAGUGGCCAAACGUCCCUCACACGCCUAUCUGCCCUUCGGCGAAGGUCCACGGAUCUGCAUUGGCAUGCGGUUUGGAUCGUUGCAGGCGAAGGUGGGACUGGCCAGCCUGCUGAGCCGCUUCCGUUUUACCACUUGCGAUCGAACGCAGAUACCGGUGCAGUACUCGCGGACCAAUUUCAUUCUCGGCCCGGCGAACGGCGUCUGGUUACGGGUGGAGAUGCUCUAACGAUUCUAUUCCCUCAAUAAACCAUUUUUGUACUCGAA